AUGUCCUUCCUUGCGGGACUCUGCGGGUGCUUCACCCGCGGCGAUGUGUCCUCUGAUCUCUCGUCGAAGCCAGAGAUGCAAACCGCCAGUUCGCAAACGCACACUCGAAGUGGUGUUCAAACUGGCAGCUUCGUCCUCACUGAUGAGGGCGGAUUCAUCCGCGCAGAUGGUCCUCCAGGUGGGCGAUUUGGGCACGGGCCCCCGCCGAGUGACUCGGACAUUGGGGGCUAUGCCAGCGUGGUUCCGCUUCCGCAAUACACGCCACGCCCGAUGAGCAUUCACGAGAAGACUCUCGAAGCUCAUCUGCGUGAUCCUCCUAUGUCUUCAGACUCCGAUUCUAUUUACCAGGACGAGAAACGUCGUCACAUGUACGACGAAGAAGUGACAUCGGACAGCUCGUCGACUCUCUCGUAUCCGAGCAGCUAUGGGAAUACCUCGACUGCGACGAGGGAGACACCACCACCUCCGUAUUCACCUCGUCAGUCAGUGAUGCUGAGCCGGUCCCGCGCGACUUCUAUUUCCUCUGCAAUGGCUAUUACCAUCCACCCGCCCCCUAUGGCUCGGCUGAAUGGUGCUCGUACAGGUCCUCCUCCAUCCGAUGCUGAUGAUCGAUCAAUUCGGCGUCACCGGAGAGCUUCAUGGGAGAGUCAUUGA